AUGUGCACCGAGGAUAUUAAUUUAUUUGCGACUGAUGAGUUCUAUGCUGGAAUUCUUCACGUACCUACAGCCAUCGAAGUGACCGUUCAAUUGUUCGGAGCAUAUAUUAUUUUAACUAAAACUCCGCGCAAAAUAUGUUCUGUAAAGUUCAACAUGGUCUUAUUGCACAUUGUGGGAGCAAUCGUCGAUUUAUAUCUAAGCUUUAUUGCAUCUCCAAUGCUAACACUACCUGUCAGUUCAGGAUAUCCUCUUGGAUUCUCUUUAAUAUUAGGUAUUCCAACUGAUGUUCAGGUUUAUCUUGGAUGUGUUUUUGUUGGGGUGAUGUGCGUGGCUGUAACCAUAUUCUUCGAAGAUCGCUAUCACCGACUAAUACAUGGGCAUACAACAAACGGAUCACUGAACUGGAAACGUACCUUAUAUGUUGUAUUAAAUUAUACUAUAUCAGUGACGUUUAUUAUUCCCGCAUAUUUAAAACUACCGAAUCCUGAAGUAGCAAAGCAAUAUGUGAAAAAUAUAAAUCCAUGUAUUCCAAAUGAAGUUCUCAAUCGUCGGGAAUAUUUUGUAUUUGCCACUGAUAAUACAAUAGUCAAUGCCUGUCUUUUGAGCAUGUUCUUCAUAUGUCUUCCCCAAAAAUUGUAUUUUCUCGGAGCAAUUUUUCGAUACUUUUCCCAAACAGUGUCUCUCUCGGCAACUACUGCUCGCUUACAAAAGCAAUUCUUCUAUUCAAUGUGUAUUCAAAUAUUUAUUCCAGUUGCAUUCAUCUCAUUACCAGUUUCAUAUUUUGUCAUGGCUUCGGAAAAUGAUUACUAUAAUCAAGCUGCCACAAACAUUGCGAUGAUUGCAAUUGCAUGUCAUGGAGUUCUUUCCACUAUAGUCAUGCUUAUUGUUCACACUCCACACAGGAAAUCAAUUCUUGCAACACUACAUUUCAAAUCUGAACAAGCUGUUCGAAAUUCACAAUUGAUCUGGAAAACUGUAGUAUCAAGAGCAUGA